CUAAGGCUGCCCACUUCCCAGAGUCUCCUGCGGUGCCCCGGGAACUCCUGCCCAUGGAUGCCCUCUGGCAGUACCAGUUCCGCCUCAUCCUUCUGGGUGACUCGACGGUGGGCAAAUCCUCCCUGCUGAGGCGUUACACGGAGGACGUCUUUGUGGACUGCCUCGACCAGACGGUGGGAGUGGAUUUCUAUGUCCAUUUUGUGGAAGUCGAGCCUGGAAUCCAGGUGAAGCUCCAGUUCUGGGACACGGCUGGCCAGGAACGAUUCAGGUCGGUGACUCGGUCUUACUACCGGAACUCGGCCGGGGGGCUGCUGCUGUUCGACAUCACCAACCGAGCAUCCUUUGAGAGCAUCCCCCGAUGGCACCAGGAGGUCCUGGACAAAGUGAAGCCCUUUGACAUCAUCUUCCUAGUGGUGGGGCACAAGAGCGACCUGGUGGCCGAGAGACAAGUGACGCCGGCGGAAGGGGCGGAGCUGGCUUCCUCGCUGGGGGCCCGCUACGUGGAGACCUCCGCCAAGAGCGACAGCAACGUGGGCUUGGCCGUCCAGCUGCUCACCCGCGACAUCUACGAGGCCGUGAAGAAGGGGGCCAUGGGCCCGUGCACGGAGUGGGACGGGGUGAAGAUCCGGGUGCCAGCUCACCCCGGGCAGCAAGAGAGAGGGGACGGGGGUGGGGAAGGCUGGAAGUGUCCGUGCUGGUGACUCCGGCAUCGCCCACCUUGCCUGCGAAGCAGGAGGGGAGAGGCGGAUUCCCUUUUCUUUGUUGCACCCUCAGGGCUUGGCUCAUGGGAAGUACUUAAAAAACGCUUUAUGAUUGAAUUCCAACCAACUCUGCUCCUUGGUGGAAGACUUCUUUCCAAAAACAUGUGCAUUUCUCAUAAUUUUGGUCCAUGGUGCUGAACAGCAUCAUGGAAUCAAACGGAUUGCUAAUCACUAGCUUCUCCACAAGAUGCUUUACUUCUUGGCCUUAGUGUUCCUCACCUGUAAAAUGGCCCUAGUUAAAUACCAAUAAGUGAAUUCAUACUUAAUUAGAAAAAAUACUUAAUUGGGCUAAUAACAAAAAUAAAGCAGGUUCAUACCGACUCCUUUCACAGAGUUAUCACCAGGAUAUGCAAGCCUUCCUAAAAGUGGCAUUAUCGGUACAAUGCUUUCCUCUGGGCUUCCUUUCCUAUUAUAUAUUAUAACAUUCCUAUACAGGAAUGACUUCAUGAGAGCUCUUAUGGAAAAAAAGAAAAAAAUGAUGAGAAGAUUCCUUCUAGUACUAAUGUUAUGGGACUUGAAGUAAAAUCUCCCCCUCCUUUUUUUAAAAGCCUUACCUUUUGGCUUAGAAUUGAUUCUAAGGCGGAAGAGUGGUAAGGACUAGGCAAUUGGGGCUAAAAUUUGCCCAGAAGUAGUUGAGGUCACAUUUGAACAGAGCUCUUCCCGACUCCAGGCCUGUUGCCCGUCUGCCAUGCCACAAUUUCCCCUUCUUCUUCUAAGAAAGGUCCUACUUCAGUUUUUUUCAGCUUCUCCCUCCCAUGUAGCUGGAGUGAAUGUUAGGUGGACAGGGCCAGAAGAUGGCUCAACCUAGAAGGGCUGCUAGUUGGGCCUGGCUUUACAAUCUCAGCAGGGACGGAUACUGGGGUACUCUGUCCCCUGACACGAUCAGGCAGCCCAGACUCCCCAGUGAUCCCAAUCAGCACAGGGCACUGACCCUAAAGGAACUAGGGGAACCAAAGGUGGGCUUGGAUGAAUCCAGUUUCCUGGGUUGUUCUGCAGUGGGAAAGCCACCAAAGUUAGGAGCAAGAUCUUGCCCAAAGAACCAGAGGCUCAAAACUCCAUUCUGUGCAGAGGCAUGAAAGUGUUUAUUCAAAGAAGAGGUCCUGGGUAGUGGAAUGACCUAAGCAGGGGAUUAAGGCUUGUCUAUUGAGAGUCGGAGGGCUUAUCAUCUUCCAUGCCUGGGAAAUAACCAUUACCUAGAAGUCCUCCCCUGGGUACUUCUGGGCAUUUCAGAGGAAAAAUCCAAGAAAAUGGGUGUAGAGGAGGGUAGAAAUUCAGGUGGAAUUGUGUCUGGGGGUCUGAGGUGUCACAGGUGAACUUUAAGGUAAUGAGCUUCAGGAGAUUCCCCUAGACUUUGAGUCUUCAGUGUAUAGUCUUAGGUUUCCUUUGGUGUCCUGCUUUCCAUCUCUUGCCAACCUGAGAGAUAUCUUGGUACCCUCCAGGAAUGGUUAGCAUGCCCUUAUGGGCUGGGUGGGGAACAUAAGGAAGGUACAAGAUGGGAUGUAUCUGAAUACACAAGAGUAAUGCAGAGAGAUUAAUACACAUUUUGUAAUGUAUCAACUGGGGAAGAAUACAAGAUUUCAAAACACAGGGGUCCUGCUUGUCGCCAUCCCCUUCCAUCAGUUCCAGUCUCAGUGAUGCUGUUCAGAGGAGGUUUGGAUCCCGAGUCUUUCGGGGAUGCGACCCCUCCGUCUGUACCCCUGGAUUUAUUAGGCUUGCCAGUCUCUUUGAUCCUUAGUUUAUUCUGCUUUAGCUUGCAGACUUCGGCUUUACCUGCCUACUUGGGUUAUGAAAUUGGCAUCAGCCUAAGAAAUUCAUGAUGCGAACUCAGAACUUUGUGGGGUUCUCAGUUCUGGAGAGGGCCUGGAUCUGAGGCCUCAAGGGAGCCUUUGCCUCUGGGUCUGGUGACUUCAAAGUGCUGGUCCGAAAUCUUCCCUUGGGCAGAGUGGUCACUUCUGUCCAAUUUCCUUUGGAGUAACUGGGCAGAAACCAUCAUCCUGUUCCUUCCAGUGAUGAAUGGCUUUUGGACAGAAUGCUGGAAAACUCCAGAAGUGGCCCC